AUGGGCCGCAUUUCAGAAGAGCAGAGCGAGGUCUCUUCCGUCGACAGCAAUCCGCCCGGCGCGUCCAGUCUCAACACCGACUCGCUCGUCAACUACAGCCAAAUGACGAAUUUCGGUAGCAGUGGUGGCCUCGCGCACUCCAACUACUCCAACCGGUCCUCGGCGCGCGGAGGGGGCAUAGAUGCCGACCUCAAUAGUGCGGCCGCACACGACCAGCACGUCAGCACUUCUACCCAGCACGACGCCAGUCCCCAGCGACGAGGACUUCCUUCUCAUGCCGCACGACGAGUACUUCUGCUACUGCUUCAGCAUUUUUCGGUGGAGCGUCAGCGCCCGCGCGAGGUCACUCCUCGUCCGCUGGGUCCUCUGGGAGUGUGCCAGAAUCGGUGUCUGCUGCCAGCAGUUGCAGUUCGUCAUCCACCGGCGGGCCCCCCGGGCUGGCAUCCUCGGAAAGCUCCAAAGGAAGCAUGGACGCGCAUUGGAAUUUUCGUCAGACAAGACCUGCAGGCACACGCACAGCUGAUGGCCCUGCUAAUCACCUCACUGUCACUGUCGCGGAGGUCCCUGCUGCAAAUACGGGAAGAGUCAGCGGAUCUACCGUCGAUGCGAUCCCUGCGCGUUUCACACGCAUUCCUGGUCCGUUGUCCGUCGGCGACGCGGGUUCGGCUCGCACACACUCGAAUUCUGGUGGUCUGCGCGAUUCCGUUACGACCCUGCCACCACCGGUCAUGCUGUCUCACCGAACCGCAACCGAAAUCGAGAUCGACGGGGAUGCCGAGGCAAAAAGGCAGCACUCGGCCGUGUCAGAAGUACGAGGAGCAGAUAGAACGAAUGCGAAUAAGAGUAGCUAUGGUCUCCACGAACAAAUACAAAACGCUGCUGAACAGGCUCGCGUCGCAAGUACUCCAUCGGAAAGUCAAAUUCUAAAGACCCCGCCGUUGAAGAAAAGGCAGCCGCUCGUCGUGACUUCGACGCCGCGGCGCUCCGUACUCAAGUCUUCCAUUGACGAUAAUCGCAAUGGAGCGAAAUCAUCAAGAAGUUGUAAAUCGUCGAGUCGCGUCAGGGUCGUCGAGCCGGCUGAGUCAAUCAGGUGAGAUUGAUGAACGAGUCGGACUGAAGAAGAUUUGAUGUAUUGAUUCGAAAAAAUAGAAAAACUUUCCAUACUACGUACUGGCCCAGAGCAGCGGCCGACGCAGAUAGGGGUCUAGGGUUUCAAAUCUUGUUUAGGGUUCAUAUUUUGCUUUACUUCAAAAAUCAUAAUCAAUGCAUAGGUAUACGACGACCGAAAGUGAGAGCCCUGCACACGACGUUUCGACGAGGACAACGCUGCAACAAGAGGGCCGACACGGGAAAAGUCCGCAGAGUCUGGCUGCAAGCUCGAACACGAGCUCCUCAAGUUCAACCUCGCAGGAGCAGGACCACGACGACGACGAACUGAGGCGCACGACAACUAGUACAACGACUCUCGACCGCCCAGGCGGCGCACAGGAGCCCCACAUGACACACGGAGCACCACGAGGGCGCAAUACGUUGCAAUUGCAUAAUGGACUACACGCACGCGCGACAGCAACAGGAUCGCACGUUCAAGCGCAUCUUCAUUCUUCUGAUGCGUCUGCAGGAUUUGUAAAUGGGAAUGCAAGCACUCCUUCUGUUCCAGAGCAAGUUACGAACUUUGCCUCUCUGGGUGGAAGUGGUUUCUUUCGGUUUCCAAUGCAGCAGACGCAGCAAGUUUAUUCAGGCCCUGGUGGCAGUUCUUCGACCGUUGCAUCGUCGGCGCCGGGUCCUUUUGGGAGUGGCUCCCGGUGCCUCUCGUCUCGGCCUGGCAUGAUUCAGCCGCCCUUUUUGCAACAGCCGACCUUGAUGCCUCCUGCGUUUUCGCAGCCGCUCCCGCUGGUUUAUACCGGGAUCUAGCCGACACCAGGUCUGGCGCCGUCUGCGCCUAGUGCAGGCACUGGUGUUUUCCUUGACAUUACUAGUGCGCCACAACACGUCGAGCAGCGACCUCUUUAUGGUCCACCGAAAGAACCAUCUGUGCAGUAUCAACGUCAAACUCGAGGAACGGCGACCGUCCCCGGCGCUGAAAUUCUUGCUGCAGUGCUAAAUAAUCCCCAUGAACACGAUCAGCCACUCGCAAGAAUUACUGGUGGUGGAGGAGCUGGAUCAGAUACGGGGUCCAGCGCCGGCGCGGGAUAUUCGGGUCCAACGCGUGCUUCCGCACCCUCCGUAGCGACGACGACUUUAGCAGGAUCGGUGGC